CUCCAGAUCAAACAGUGGGCCGAGAGUCAGGCGGCAAGACACGUUUUGGAUGAUGAAGACGAGUUCCAACAAGAACCGUUGAUCCCGCAAAUCGAGGCUAGCAUUGAUUUUCUGCAGCCUUUCGAGCACGUGCUCGUCGUGCCAAGCACCAUGGCCGUGAUCAUACAGACACUUCCCAAAACCCCCGUGGGAAACAUAAGCGUCAGAUAUCUGCAACUAGAUUCCUCGCUGCCAGAUGAGGAGUUCGACGACGACGAGCAGCUUUAUGCAGCAGCCAAUAUGGACGUUUCUCGGCGGAAAUACCCUGAUACGGACAUCUCCUUAUAUGCGGUUUCCGACGCCGGAAACAAGCCAGCUUUGGCAAUUUUGGUGCCCCAUUUCUCCAAUGCCAUUACCGAAAAACUAGUCGCCAAGAAAAUCGCCGCCUUGGUACCUGAUGCCAAGGCGUGGUUUGCAUUUGCUCCAUGCCAGCUAAACAACGGAGUUUCCAUCAGUAAACUUGACACUUUCUCCGGUCUUUUUCCUGGAGUGCCCUUACUCCAGCCACCUCAUUUUAUCACCGGGAUCAGUGCGGCUGUCGUUUCAGCUUUGGCGAACCAAGGCAAGCAGGAUAAAGUGAGUGUUCUUGUGUUGAAUUCAGAGGGUCACCCGGGGUUCGAAAAGGUGGAUGCAGACGCAAUCAUGGAUGCCGCCACAGAAGCAUUUGGUGAAACAUUGCCACCUGCAAGUUCCGCGGAAUUUUUGAAGAAGUUGAGUGGUGUUGUGCGGAAAGUAAACUCAGCCAGCACCUCGGGAAUGUAUCUCUAG